CUGCAUUAGUCACAACGAUACCGGCAAACCCUUCAAGAGCGUGCACUUUUCUAGCUUGGCCUUGAAAAUUUUGCCAGCUGCACUAUUGAUUUUUUCCAUUAAUUGUUUCGACAGUGCGUAAUUAUAAAAUGUGUGGAAUCUUUUCAAUUUUCCUCAAGAACCCCGCCGAAGCUGGAGGUUCGGAACUGUUCCGGUAUGGCGGUAGGACGGAGUCGCUGCGGGAGCUGGCCUUCCGGCAGUCGUCCAAGCAGAGACAUCGUGGUCCGGAUUACACCGGGCUAGUUGUGGAUAUGGAUGCGGGGUUGGUGAUGGUUCAGGAGCGGUUGUCGGUGCUGUGCGUCAAGACUGGCAGUCAACCGUUUGUGUCCGAAGAUGGGACCGUGCUGCUGACGGCCAACGGAGAGAUCUACAACUACCGGCAGAUGGCUGAGGCGGUCAACGGUGUGAGGAAAGCUGGGGACGGGGAGUACGUUCCAAGAAGUGAUUGUGACGUCAUCAUUGCGUAUUACGAGCAGUUUGGAGCGGAGAAGCUCAUGGAGACGAUCCGGGGAAUGUUUGCGUUUGUGCUGUACGACAAGAAGACUGAUCACGUCCUGGUGGCACGGGAUCCGAUCGGGAUCAUUCCGUUGUACGAGGGGACGGAUGUGGAGGGAAACGUGUGGUUUGCCAGCGAGAUGAAGUGCUUGGUGGAGAAGUGUCCAGAGGUCAAAGUGUUCCCGCCAGGGCACAUGUACUACGGCAAGCGGUACAAGUUGGAACCCAAGUCGUACUAUAAGCCGCAGUGGAUGUUUGAGAUACCUCGGGCGCAAGCGGAUUUAGAACAGUUGAGGGCUGCUUUGGAAGCUGCGGUGGUGUCUCAUUUACAGUGUGACGUUCCGAUGGGUGCAUUGCUGAGUGGAGGUUUGGAUUCUAGCUUGAUCGCGUCGAUCGCUACCAAGGUUAUGCGAAAGCGGCAUGGACUGGACUACCGGCUGAAGACGUACAGUGUCGGAUUGAUUGGAGGUCCGGACUUUGAGUACAGCAAAAUGGUCUCCGACUACAUCGGUAGUGAACACACUGAGGUUCACUUUACGAUCGAUGAAGGACUCAACUACAUCCGCGAGGUGAUACAACACGUAGAGACGUACGACAUAACUACGGUUAGAUGCUCGAUCCCGAUGCUGCUGCUGUCGAGGUUCAUCAAAAGUGAAGGCAUCAAGAUGAUCUUGUCUGGCGAAGGUGCCGACGAGCUGUUUGGUGGAUAUCUCUAUUUUCAUCAGGCUCCGAACCCGGAGGAGUUCCACUGGGAAACGGUGAAGCGUGUCAAGAACCUGCACUUCUCGGACUGCUUACGUGCCAACAAGGCUACGGCCGCAGUUGGUCUCGAACUGCGAGUACCCUUCCUCGAUACCGACUUUGUCAACCACGCUAUGAGCAUUCGGCCGGAAGAUCGGAUGCCUCAGACCAAGGUCAACGGAACCGUUCGUUCAAUGGAAAAGUACGUACUUAGGCAGGCCUUCACCAACGACUACCUCCCAUCGGAAGUCCUGUGGCGACAAAAGGAGCAGUUCUCCGACGGAGUCGGAUACUCGUGGAUCGAUACCAUCACCGAGUACGCAGCGUCCCACGUUAGCGACGAAGACUUCGCCUCCGCAUCCGAUCGUUACCCCAUCAACCCACCCUCGACGAAGGAAGCGUUCUACUAUCGGCAGAUCUUCGAGGAGCUGUUCCCGCACGACAGCUGUGCCAGCACGGUGACGCGAUGGGUUCCCCGCACGGACUGGGGCUGCUCGGCGGAUCCAUCCGGUCGAAAGCAGACCGUGCACUUGAGGAGAAAGUAAAAGGGUCAGCAGAUUGGGUACUUUGUUACUUUGUGUUGGCAUUUAGAGUGCAACGUAUUGGCACUGAUAAGAAAGGUGUGGAGCAGUUUUGAUAGGAUUCACUGAUAGCUGCCCGCACACGUGUUAGACUAAUGAACUGUCGCUUACUUUAUAGUUUGCAAAAAAAAAUUAAAAAAUAAAUUAUUCCGUUCGUUAAA